ACGAGAGAGGCGGUCGGCUACACGUCGUGCGGCGCACACUACACAUCAUUGGAGUUGUCUUUUGAACUCGGACCGGGGGGGUCACUUCAGAGGAUUGAAGAACCACACACCUUCAUUUAUCAUCUGCAGUCAGGAUUCACGACGGGUGGCUGUUUUUCCUCUGUUGCAUUAAGGGAUUUAUAUUUCUGGCCGACUUCCACGCACCGUGUCUUGCAACAUGGGUGCGAAGCGAACUAUGCCAAUUUUACGUGUUCUCUUCGCAGCGCUAUUCGCCAGCCUCUGCCAGUCAAAGGAUAUGCACGAGAUGCAAGUGAUUGAUAUGCUGACAUUGAACGAUGCCAAGCAGAGUGCGGCAGCCGUGGAGAAGGUGUCGGGGGCCCUUGCCACGGUCAGUGACAUCUAUAUUGUGUCCACUUUCCGCCUGCCACCCAAGCUGGGCGGUGUGCUCCUGGGCCUUUACAAUAAGCAGGACAACAAGAAGUACCUGGAGCUGGCCAUCAUGGGCAAGAUCAACAAAGUUUUAGUACGCUACGUGCGGGAGGAUGGCAAGCUUCACACCGUCAACCUCCAGAAUGCCAACCUGGCCGACGGACGCACCCAGUCAAUCAUCCUGCGGGUGGGCGGGCUUCGGCGGAACAACCUUCACCUGGAGCUCUACGUCAACUGCCGAUUGGCUGACUCCAGCCAGGGCCUUCCCCAAUUGGUCCAGCUCCCAGCAGAGGCAGAUGUUGUGGAAAUCCGUAAUGGUUAUAAGGCCUACGCCAGGUUACAGGGCUCAGUGGAGACUCUGAAACUUGCUCUUGGAGGCUCUGUGGCCAAAGCAGGUGCCCUGACUGACUGCCCCUUCCAGGGGGAUUCCUCAGUGUACAACGCAGUGAAUGGUGAAGUAAACUCCAUCCUGGGUGAGCACACUAAGGCUCUGAUUGGUCAGCUGAUUAUUUUCAACCAGAUUCUGGGGGAGCUCCGGGAGGACAUCAGAGAGCAGGUCAAGGAGAUGGCACUCAUCAGGAACACUAUACUGGAGUGUCAAGUGUGUGGUUUCACUGAGCCCCGGUCCCGCUGCUCCCCCAACCCCUGCUAUAAGGGAGUGGCCUGCAUGGAGAUCUUCGAAUUCCCUGGGUAUCGCUGUGGGCCUUGCCCCGAGGGCAUGGAGGGCAACGGUACUCACUGCCAGGACAUUGAUGAGUGUGGCCUUGCCCAGCCGUGCUUCUCAGCGGCAGGGUGUUUGAACACAGCUAAGGGCUUCACCUGUGAGCCCUGCCCCCCUGGACUCUGGGGACCCCCUCUCACUGGAGUCGGUGUGGUGUACGCCAAGAGCCACAAACAGGAAUGUGCAGACAUUGAUGAAUGUGUGGAGGUCAGCAAUGCUUGUGUGCCCAAUUCAGUAUGCACCAACACUGUGGGCUCCUUUAAGUGUGGACAGUGUAAGGUGGGCUUUGUGGGUAACCAGACAGCAGGCUGCUUCCCACGCAAGUCCUGCGCCACGCUGAGUUUCAACCCCUGUGACGUCAAUGCUCACUGCGUCAUCGAGAGGAACGGGGACGUGUCCUGUAGGUGCAACGUGGGCUGGGCUGGAAAUGGGAACACCUGCGGUCCAGACACCGACAUCGAUGGAUACCCAGACCAGUCUCUGCCCUGUAUAGACAAUGACAAGCACUGCAAAGCGGACAACUGCAUUUCCACACCCAACUCUGGACAAGAGGAUGCAGAUAAUGACGGGAUCGGUGACCAGUGUGAUGACGAUGCUGAUGGGGAUGGGAUCAAGAAUGUGGAAGAUAACUGUCGGCUGGUGGCCAACAAGGACCAGCAGAACUCUGACACGGAUUCUUUCGGUGACGCCUGUGACAACUGCCCCAACGUCCCCAACAUCGACCAGAAGGACACCGACAACAAUGGGGAGGGUGACGCCUGUGACAACGACAUCGACGGGGAUGGCAUCCCCAACGUGCUGGACAACUGCCCCAAAGUCCCUAACCCCAUGCAGACGGACCGGGAUGGAGAUGGAGUGGGGGAUGCCUGCGACAGCUGUCCUGAAGUCAGCAACCCCAUGCAGACAGACAUUGACAACGACCUCGUAGGAGAUGUGUGUGACACCAACCAGGACACAGAUGGGGACGGUCACCAGGACUCACGAGACAACUGCCCAGAGAUCCCGAACAGCUCCCAGCUGGACUCUGACAAUGAUGGCAUUGGUGAUGACUGUGACGAUGAUGAUGAUAACGACGGGAUCCCAGAUUAUGUUGGUCCCGGCCCAGACAACUGCCGACUUAUUCCCAACCCCAACCAGAAAGACUCAGACGGAAAUGGUGUGGGUGAUGUUUGUGAGAAUGACUUCGACAAUGACACGGUGAUGGACCUGAUCGAUGUGUGUCCAGAGAGUGCUGAGGUCACGCUGACUGAUUUCAGAGCCUACCAGACAGUCAUCCUGGACCCUGAGGGUGAUGCCCAAAUAGACCCUAACUGGGUAGUGCUCAAUCAGGGUAUGGAGAUUGUUCAGACAAUGAACAGUGACCCUGGACUGGCUGUGGGCUACACAGCCUUCAAUGGGGUGGACUUUGAGGGCACCUUCCACAUCAACACGGUGACGGAUGACGACUAUGCUGGUUUCAUCUUCGGCUACCAGGACUCCUCCAGCUUCUACGUGGUUAUGUGGAAACAGACAGAGCAAACCUACUGGCAGUCUGUGCCUUUCAGGGCCAUGGCAGAACCAGGCCUGCAGCUGAAGGCAGUUAAGUCUCGGACCGGCCCGGGAGAGUUCCUGCGCAACGCUCUGUGGAACACGGGCGACACGGCGGGCGAGGUCAAGCUGCUGUGGAAGGAUCCGCGGAAUGUGGGCUGGAAGGACAAGACGUCAUAUCGCUGGCACCUCAGCCAUCGGCCCCAGGUGGGCUACAUCAGAAUGAAGCUGUAUGAAGGGCAGGGAUUGGUGGCUGACUCGGGCGUGGUCAUCGACACCACCAUGAGGGGUGGCCGACUGGGCGUCUUCUGCUUCUCUCAGGAGAACAUCAUCUGGUCCAACCUGCGCUAUCGCUGCAAUGACACGGUCCCAGAUGACUUCGAACCCUACCGCAGACAGGUCCAGAUGAACCUCCAGGUGUGAGGAGCGCGAACGGAGGCAGGGAGGCAGACUGCCACUCUGUCAGCGCAGCCUCAACACAGAGACUCUGCCGCGUCACCUGUGUCUCCUGCCAACUGCUGUGAGUCGUUGUGAGCGCGAGUCUGUGUGGGGAAGAACCAGGCUCCUCUUGCACAGCAUCCCAGUCACACUGCCCUGAAGAAGCAGAUGGCUACAUCGGAGCGAAACGGAAAAUUAUAAACCCAUAUUUACGAGGCUGAUUAGCUGCUGUGCAAGGGUAGCACUUUCUCUAUCCCAGUGCGGACAGAUGUGACCGACAAUGAGCAUGAAAGUGGAAUGGUGUGUGUCUAGUUAAUUGUGACCAAACAAAUAAAGGGAGGCUGUCUGUUUUGAUAAUACAAGCACAAGCGACACUGCUUGGGUGUAAUUUUCCAAUGGUGUGUCUCUCAGUCCUCUCAAAUCUGGAGAAAUAAAGCCACACUAUUAUAUAGUGUAGUGGUGACAAAAAGGAAUACAUGGGUCCCUAUGCAUCAAAUACUGCUGUGAAAACCUGUUACAAUUUGUAGCUUAAAUACCCAAACUAUAAUGUGCCCUACUUUUUAUAUUGAAAGACAAAAACAAAUACAAAUAUCCAGUCCAGUUCCUUAUCUCAUACUUGCGUGUACAUUUGUCUUUUCAUGGGUUUACAUGGAUUAUUGUGUAUACUGUACAUUACCAGCCUGUGAGGCUUCAUGUAAUUAUUAAAUAUGAAAUAAAAACCUGAU